AUGGUGAAGCUGAGCAAAGAGGCCAAGCAAAGACUGCAGCAGCUCUUCAAGAGUGGCCAGGUUGCCAUCCGCUGGGGCUUCAUACCUCUCGUGAUUUACCUGGGACUUAAGAGUGUUACAAACCCUGCAAUGCCUAAACCACCUGCUUUGAGCCUAGUCUGGACUCAGGGCCUAGGAACACAAGAUGACAAAGCUUUAGAAAAUCAGGAUUCCAAGGGAUCGCAAAUGAUCAGUUCUAAACAUCUUACUUUUUUCGUGCUUCUUGCCUAUUUGGUGCGAGUCAUUAGUAAACCUCCACAACUCCCCGUCUUCGGAGACCCAAGCAGGGGUCAAGGAGGGAGACGCUGCACAAAUACAGAUGUUGCAGCAUUUCCUCAUCCCACCCCAGCUUGUCCUGAGUUUGAGCUUGUUUCAGCCCGGCCAAUCACCCUCUACCAGGAACGGAUGCAUGGAUGCGAAGGAAGGACCCCAGCUUUGGAGACUCUCUCUUUUUCUUGGCCAGCAUCCCCCAGUGCACGACAGGUGUGCCGUUUGUUUUCACAACACCCAAAGGGCACAGGCCGGACUCCCAUCCGCCCAUCCCCCGUUCGGGCAACAGGACGACGGAGGGCAAGACAGGCCACCUCCACCACCUUGUCUGAGCGCUCGGGCAGCCCCGCCCCCCAUCCACUCUGCGCUCCACAGCUGCCGCAGCCACCACACUGGGCUGUGCAGCUCCGUGCACUUGUUGCCGUCCCCAGGGAACUAGGAAGCGGCGCCCAUACCUCAGGCAGCCCAGCCCUCAGUUGCACCCCCUUUCCAGCUCUGCUAACCCACGCGUCCCCUGGGAUCCUGGAGAAAGUGGUCCCACAGCUGCAAACUCAGGUGGACAAACUUUUCCGCCCAGGACUGCUGGGAGUCGCGGAGAAUGGAGCCCCAAAAGAGCAUUUACCUGGAGGUGUGACCCCGCUGCUUCCGGAGACCAAGCGAGGCGCUGGCUCCAGCGCCCUACCCGAGGGCGCCCCGGAACACUCCCCCAGACCACAGCCUUCUGAGUCGCUAAGGCUUUCCUCGAGCUGA